GGCGGCCGCUGGCGCUCAGCUGCCGUUGGCCGGGGCGGUGCUGUGCCCGCCUCCCCCUCCCCGCCCGGCCGCUGCCCCGGGGCCGCCGUGGGCUGCGUUCGCCCGGAGGGAGUUGCGGGAGUUGCUGCCGCCGUCGCCCGGCUGAGCCCUGGGUGCCCGGCGGGAAGCCGAGGCCAGGCAUGGGCCUGAUUUUCGCCAAGCUGUGGAGUCUCUUCGGUAACCAAGAGCACAAAGUAAUCAUAGUGGGACUUGAUAAUGCUGGAAAGACUACUAUUCUUUACCAAUUCUUAAUGAAUGAAGUGGUUCAUACUUCUCCAACCAUAGGAAGCAAUGUAGAAGAAAUAGUGGUGAAAAACACUCAUUUCUUAAUGUGGGAUAUUGGAGGACAGGAAUCACUACGGUCAUCGUGGAACACCUAUUAUUCAAACACAGAGUUCAUCAUUCUUGUUGUUGACAGCAUUGAUAGAGAGCGACUUUCUAUUACAAAAGAAGAACUUUAUAGAAUGCUGGCUCAUGAGGAUUUACGGAAGGCUGCGGUUCUCAUCUUUGCAAACAAGCAGGACAUGAAAGGUUGCAUGACAGCUGCUGAGAUAUCUACAUACCUCACCCUUAGCUCCAUAAAGGAUCACCCAUGGCACAUUCAGUCUUGUUGUGCUUUGACGGGAGAAGGAUUAUGCCAAGGCUUGGAGUGGAUGACCUCCCGAAUUGGAGUGAGAUAGCUUUUCUUUUUUUCCCCUCCCCAGAAGAAGAGACUUCUAUUUAUCCUGUGUACAUGUACAUUUUUCUGUACUUCUGGCUGCUGAGGCAGUGACCAUGUUUAAUUUAUAUCAGCAAACCCCCAAACUGUACUUGAAUCAAGUGCAGUUGAACUGAAACAUAAAGUAUUUUCUUAACUUUUUUUAAUACACUAAUCUUCCACUGAAUAAACAUAAGUGAAUCUGAUUUUAAGCAUUUGAAUGCCUCUGAAAAUGUAUUCUAACUUUUUCAAUGGUAGCUUUUUAAAAUCUGUUUUGUCAUUGUCAAUAUUUCAUACUUCCUCUUUCUAAAUAGUUUCUAUAACUUACCACAGUUAUAAAUAACCGCAGUUUGUUUAAUAAUGGAAAAAAAUAGUAGGUUGACUUUAUUCUGGCAUAUCUUUAGCUUCCAAGGAUAACCAUAUCUCAAGUUGGUUUUCCUGGAGCAUCGGUAGAGUUCUAGCCAACAUGGGAGUUAAUAAUUAUGAAUGCAAAUUUUUAAAUGCUGAAUGAGUUUGUUAUAGUUAAUAUUGUGGCUUUUGACCUGGUAUGUAAGUGAACUUCUGCCUUAAAUCUUAUUUCAUUUUCAGUUUUUCUGAUAGCUCUUUCUAGCAUAUGAUUCUUUCUCUUUUACUUGAAAACACAUCUGUGUACAAUGGAUAAACAAUUUGUUCUCAAGUGCUGGUUUUACCAUUUAGAACUUGAAUACCUUUUAUUUUUUGAAAGGUUGUGAGAGGUAAACCUCUCAAUAAUUAAAUUUGGAAUCACAAGAGACAGUGUUAUAUGUGGACUUGCUGUAAUACGUUGAUUUUUAAAUACUGUCUACGUGAACCUUCCUGACCUUUUGGUAAGGAUGCUGUUUUUUAAAUGAAUGAGAAAUCAAAAGGGAAGCCAGCUUUAUACACAGAACAAAAUCAUGGUGCUGUAUCUCUGGCCUUCAGAGUGAAGCCAAUCUUAACAUUUUUCUACCUAGUGUCAAAUAUUUUUUCAGAUUCUGUUGCAGAGAAAAUGUUCUGCCUUAAUUUUUAUUUUUAGUGGUGAGAGCAGAGGACUUCUGAUGGUGUUCAAGUUAGAUUCAUUCACCUGAAGUUUAGGACCUGAAAGUUGAAAAAGUAAAGAUCUUCCUUUUGAUAAACAGGUGUUGAAAGGUAGGACCUAGUAACUCUUACUUCAAUUUGAUGGGGAUGAAGUUAGUUCUGUAAGGAGAAUCUAAAGCUAUGGAUGAAUUAAUUGAGAACACUAAAUGCCAAAAAAGCCAACCACCAAAGGUCCCCAAAAAAUCUGAAGGAAAAAAACCCCAAACCAAAAGCAGUAGCAGGCACCCAAUUCCUAGGGAAAUCCCAGCAACAGUUAAGCAUCCAACCUACAUAAACGCUUGUCAGGCUUUUUCAAAGCACCAUUCUGUACUUCUGCAUGCCUAAACCCCGUGUCAGCUCUGGUUACUAGAACCGUUAUGCUAACUGAACGAGACCCUGAAUGACAAAAUGCUUUUGAUAAAUCUUGUUUUGAUAAUCAAUGCACACUGAAUUUUCUUUAAUAAAAAUUUAAGUUUUGUAAAUUUCAA